AUGGAAAGUACCCCACCACCACCUCCAAGUGUCCUAAAUGACAAUUGCUCAGCUUCCUAUAUGACACCAUAUGCUACAGUCAUUGCCAUGUCCGGAUUAUAUCUCAUUGUGAUAUUCUUCUUUUGUAAAAAAUCCAAAAAGAUGUGUAUCCCAAUGUCGGAUAGUAUGUAUCCCCAUCAGAAGCGGCUGAAACAGCUGGAAAGAGAGCUAAAAAAUUAUUUAAUCGAUGAGGAGAGCAUCGAGGUUGAUGACUAUCAAAUCGGUCAAACUUCUGAUGGGUUCAUUUUUCGUGGAGGCGUUUUUCCGAAAACUCGAAAUAGAUUCAAUGCGAAAGUUACCACUGCUGUGAAGAUCAGCUUUCCUAUUGUCGGAAAGUCUAUCAGUCUUCUAGAGGAUGCACUUCGACUUUCGAAGCUGGACCACCCUAAUCUAAUCCGACUUCUCGCAGUUUCACAGCUCUCUUUCAGUGUCUUCCGACCGAUGAUUGCGUUGGAGUGGCUUCCCGGAGGAACUCUAGCCGACUAUUUUAUCUAUAAAAUCAGGGAAAAAGAAGACUCCGAUAGGUCUCCAAUCCAACUCAAGGACAUGUUAUCCAUCCUUUAUCAAGUGUCACAAGCUUUAAAAUACAUUCACAGCCAGCUAGACGAGUUUGGACAAGAGCUAACUCAUGGAAGAAUUCUAACCAGAAACGUUCUUAUCACCGAACCGGAUCUCAAGAAGUGUGAAGUGAAGUUGGGAGACUUCGGAGAGGCACCAAGUGGAUUGGAGUACACGACACCGAUUGUUGCCUACAUGCCACCAGAAAUCCUGUGCUGUGCUGAACGAAUACCACCGCACCGGCCAGAGAAUGAUGUUUGGAUGUUCGGAGUUUUUAUCUGGGAGUGUUUGACACUAGGAGCUCAGCCACAUUUCAGAAAGUCUGUGGAGGAUAUCAAGAAAAGCUUCCGUCUCCCAGAUCGGGGUCUCUCUUGUCCACCAACUUGUCCGCUUGAUGUCUGGACCCUUGUCAUCGAUUGCCUCUCUGAUCCUCACGUCCGCCCUCGAUUUGCCUCCACUACGAACGCCUCCAUAACCACUCGGCUUUCAGAACUCCAUCACAUUGUUUCCCCGGCCCUCUUCCUUUAUCCAAUCCCCAACCAAUCGGUUUGCACAUGUAUAGAGCAUCAUUGUCAAAGUAUACCCCAAUAUUGA